AUGUUUUAAUUGGUCUUGAUUUUUUUAGGUUGCUUUUACCUUGCAACAACUUAAUGGAGAGUCCAAUAAAGAUUUUUAGAUAGGAAUACUUAUUUUUAUGAUAACUUUGAGCCAAAUUAUACAAACUGCCCUUUCUAAGAAGGGACUUAAGGAUUUAUGAUCCCAUCCCAAUUUAAUAGGACAGCUAACUAUAUUAAUUGUGCUAAUCCAAAUACUAGCUACAUAACUUUGAAUUAUGUAUAUCCCUAGGUUAAAAACUAUUUGUGCACCCACUUGUAUUAUGACCAGGUGGGGUAUACUCAUUAUUAUUCUAGUCAUAAUACCAUUCUAUUCGAAAAAGGGUUUUUAUGCUUUGAUUUAUAUUUUUAAGGUAAUUGGACGAAUGGAAAGGUGACAUUUUCAAUUGGUUCAUUAACAGAAGAUUAUUUUUAUGAUUCACAAGAAAACUAUGCACUAAAUAGUUCAUUCUGUGAUGAUCUUUCAUAUAAUAUCAAGAAAGUUAAUAUUACCAUCCCUAAUAAUAUUUAUGGAGACUUUUAAUUUGGAAUUUCUAAUACGAAUGAGAGUGGCUCGGUUUCAAUUCGAAACAUUUAUUAAAUGAGUUACGAUAUUAUAUGUUAUCCUUCAUGUAGUAGUUGUACAGGGCCUAAAAAAAAUGAAUGUACUUAAUGUUAUUUUGGAACACCAGCUAAUAAUGUUUGUCCUCCAUGUCCAUCAGAUCAAUACUAUGUUAAAUAUGUAGGGUGUCGAUCGAAAUGCGAUUCUAUUUAACCAUUAUGUUUUGAUGGGUUUUGCAAUACUUGUCCAUGUAUAUAUUAAGAUAUUGAAUUUAGAUAUUUUAUAAUUGGGAUACGUUUGGGUUUCUUAUAAAAUAGCUGUUGACCCCAAUAGUUAUAGAAAUUUUUUAUUGUGGUCUAAAAUCUAUGACCCAAACUUCAUGGACGAUUCUGUUGAUGUGUUUAAUAUAACAUAUCCUAUGUCCUUAACACUAUAUGGAAUAUUUAAAUAUAGCUCAGGAAUUAUGAGACAAAUUAAUAUAACUUCUAAAAUGGGAUUUUAUCUUAAAGUUAAAAUUGAAAUACUUGUCUUUAAUGGGUUUCCAUUAGAUUGUGGAAUUCAAUUCAAAUUUAAUAAUACUUAUGUUGGAUCAAUAUAUAGAAAUAUUUCUGGAAUUUAAUUGCACAAAUUUAAGGAAUUCUAAUAAACUUCAUUAGGUCCAUAAAUUUCAUAUUCCAGUUCGUAUUUAUAUUAAAUUGAUGGAAUUUUCGACUAUCCAAAAUAGAAUAUUUUAUUUUCUGCCCUUGGAAAUUUUAGGUAAAUACUUAAAAAUCAAUUCUUAGUGAUCCUUCAUUUGGUUGGGCAAUAAAGUCAGUUUUAUUUACUACUAGGAAUUGUACAGAUGGCUGCUCUAGUUGUGACUAAGUAAGUUUCAAAUGCAAAAUAUGUGGAUCAUCUUAUUUGAGGUAUAGAGAUGGAACAUGCCUUCCUUUCUAAUUAUGUAAUCAAAUUCAUUAACAAGUAAUUCAAGAUUAUUGUAAAGAUUUUGAUGAUGAAACACCAUGUAAAAAUAAAGUAUAUAUAGAUUCAUCACUAUUGAUAAAAGAAGAUUUGAAACACUUUGAAUAGGAUUACUACCCUGAAUAUACUUUAGUAUCCUAAAGUGGUUCAAACUUUUUAACAGGUUCUGAUAGAUAUUUUUCAUAUUGGGAAGGAUUAAGAAUUCUAGGUGGCUAAUUUAUUUGGGCAUAGGCUAGGCUGAAAAGGAUUCAUCAAAAUUUUGGUCCUCAUCAUAGUAUUUCGAUAGGUUUCUAUGUAUUAUUUGGUCCAGCAUUCCCACCAGAGGGAUAGUUCAUCUACUAAAUUGAUUCGUAACAAUUUUCUACGUCUACUUUGGGUGCUAGUACCUUUUAAAAUGGAACAAAAUAAUAGAUAAUAAAAAAAAUAAUGAAUCAUUCUCAAAAUGAUUUAAUUUUGGAAUUGGAGUGUUUUGGACCAAAUAAUGAAGUAACUUAAGCUUAUUGCGGAUUCUAUAAUUAUUACUUGGCUAUUCAUUAUUGUUAACCAUAUUGUUUAGAAUGUACGGAUGAUAAAAGCUGCACUUAGUGGAAUAGUACUUAUAGUCCAACCCUAAUAUAAUUUUCUUAAGCAGAGUGUUAAUCCAAUUAAUAUUUUGAUGAAUAUAUAUUGUUGUGUGUCAAUUGUGAACCCUCUUGUUCAAUAUGUAAAUCGAAAAUCGUAUGUUUGACUUGCUUAAAUCCUACAUAUACCUUAACCAAUUUAGGAUGCUUUUGUAAAUAAAAUCAAUACGAAGAAUCUAAUUAAUGUUUUAAUUGUCCAAUUGAAUGUAAUUAAUGUUUAAGUUUUACCUAUUGUACUGAAUGUUUGUCUAUAAACAAUCGAAAAUUAUCAAAUGGACAAUGCCUCUGCACAGAAGGUUAUUAUUAAAAUGAUCAAGAUCUUGUGUGCUUAUUGUGCGAUAAAUUUUGUGGUACUUGUUUUGGUCCAACUUCCAACGAUUGCUUAACGUGCAAUAUCGAGGUUUUGAAUAUCUAAUUAGUAAAUUCCUCAUGUAUUUGUCCAAACAAUUCUUUUUAUGAAAAUUAAUUUAAUAGAUGUAAAAUCUGCCAUUCAAGCUGCUUAACUUGUUUUAAUGAUAGCAUUGAUGGAUGUUUAACUUGUGAUUCUUCAUAGAAUAGAGUACUAGCAGGAUUAAAUUGUAAAUGCAAGACAGGAUUCUUAACAUUAAAUAAUGUCUGUAUAUAAUGUCCUAAUGAUAUCGAUACAUCACUUAUAGAAUGCUAUAAAUAUUGUAAUAAUGGCGACCGAAUAUGGCAUAUGAAUCCUUGUGCUGUUUGUGGAUCAGGUUUUAACUUAAUAGAUAAUGAAUGCAUUCCAAUUUGUGGGGAUCUUUAAGUUGUUGGAAAUGAGCAAUGCGACGAUGGUAAUACUAUUUAAAACGAUAAAUGCUAUAAUUGUUAAUUUUAAUGUCCGAUUAAUUGUUAGACUUGUGACAUCAACACUACUUUACCAUGCCCUGAUAUUUGUGGAGAUGGGUUUAUUACAGGCAAUGAAGAGUGCGAAGAUGGAAACCUAAUAUAAUAUGAUGGAUGUUAUAAUUGUAAAUAUCAAUGUCAAAUUGCAUGUUCUAAAUGUAUUAGGGGAAUGUGUUCUGAAUGUGCUACUUUGGGAUGGUAAAUCGAUCUCUUUUCUGUACCACCACUUUGUAAGGAAGUUUGCGGAGACGGUUUAGUAGUUGGAAUUGAAGAAUGUGAUGAUGCUAAUUUUAAUGACUUUGAUGGGUGUCACCAAUGUAAAUUAUUAUGUAGAAUUGGAUGCUCCCUUUGUGAUUAAACACGUACAAAAUGCUUGAGUUGUGAAUUUCGUGGAUUUGAGCCUUAUUUAUACUAUUGUCGACCUAUUAUGAAUGAUGGUUUGCUUGCAUUUGAUCCAUAUGGGUUCUAUUAUGAAAUAGCUGAUUAUUAACAUGGAGUUAUGUGUGACGGGAAUUAUUAUUAUCACUUACCAUGUAAUGUAAUUGGAGGGGUUAAUUACCAUUAUCCAUGUUAACCAUUGGAAUGCACUAACUGUUCUUAAGGAAAAUGCCUAACUUGUAUUUCUGGAUAAUAUCUUUCAAGUAACAAUAUUUGUUAACCAUAUUGUAAUGAUAACAUAAAAGCGUUAAACGAAUACUGUGAAGAUUCCUUUAUUUUGCCGUAUAGAGGGUGCUAAAAUUGUCAACUUAAAUGUUAAGAUUCUUGCUCUGUGUGUGAUACUCGAGGAAGAGGAUGUAUUAAAUGUAAAAGUGGAUAUGAAGUGAAUGACUUUUUAUGUUAUUCUAAAUGCGGAGAUUUUCUAAUGGCGUAUGAUUUAGAGUGUGAUGAUCAAAAUUUAAUUCCUGAUGAUGGUUGUCACUUUUGCUAAUUGAAUUGCCAAGCUACUUGCCUUAUUUGCAUAAAAGGGGUUUGUCAAGAUUGCGAAGAAGGCUAUCAAUUAAUUAAUUCAAGAUGUUUUGCUAUCAUAAAUCCUUUUGAAUAACAUCAAUAUUUAAAUGAAGUUGAAUGUUUGUAAUAAGAAAAGUAAAGGAUUAUUAAGCAUACAAAUUAUGGAUGGAACGAUAUUUAAUAUUAAAUUACUUUGUAGAAUACAUCCUGUAAAUUCUGCUUUUUAAACUGUGAAAUCUGUAAUGAAGAAACUUGUAUAGGCUGUUUAUAAGGGUAUUAUCUUAAUGAAUAACAGUAAUGUUAAUCUAAAUGUGGUGAUCGCCUCCUAGUAUAAGGUGAAGAAUGUGAAAUUAAUGAAGAAUAUUGCUUAAAUUGCUUAUUUAGUCAUCCAUAGAAUUGCAAACAAUCUUUAAAUAAUGUAUGCAUUAAUUGUGAAGUUGGUUAUUAUUUAGAUGAAAUUAAAAUGGCAUGUAGAUCAUAGUGUGGAGAUGGCAUAAUUACUCAAGAUGAAUAAUGCGAAUUACAAACAAAAGGAUGUUUUGGAUGUAAAUUUUCGUGCAGCGAAGAUUGUAUAGAUUGUUAAGAUGGGUUAUGCUUGUCAUGUAAAAAUUCAUUUAGUGUUUGGGAUGGAAGUUGUCACAAGGUGGAGCUAUUAGUCAAAUAAGAUUUGAAAUGUAAAGUAUGGAUUUAGGGUUUAUGCUUUUAAUGUUAUGAAUAAUAUGAGUUAAAUUUAAGUGGUGAAUGUGUAUCAUCUUGUUAAGACAGCUGUAUUAUAUGUAAACUUUCACUGUGUUAUGAGUGCAAGGAAUCCUAUUAUUUAGAUUAAAAUAGUUGCUUUUUAAUAAAAGAAUACCCACCAUACUUAUAUACAGAUUUAUCUAUUCUCGAGAAGACUUGUAUAAAUAUUUAAUAGUUUGUAUUCUAAAGAAAAAAUCAAAAUUAUUAAAAUUCUGAUGAAAUUUCUAAUUAUUUCAAAUUUCAAUUCGGCCAAGAAUUUUAUUUCAUUGAUUCAGAAUUUUUUUUAAAUUAGAAUUACUUAAACCCACUCUUUAAAAAUUUAUUUGUUGAAAUAGUGGAAAAUGAGAUCUUUUAAGUUAAUACAGACUCCGAAUAUUCAGAUUUCAAUUUUAAUCUCUAAGAUCAAAAAUGUAAUACUCAUUGUUAAAUUUGUUUUGAUACAAAAUGCAUACAAUGCUAAAGAGGGUAUUUUGUUUCAGAUUUUUCUUGUGUUUCUAUCUGUGGAGAUUCAUUGAUAGUAGAUAAUGAAUAAUGUGAUGACGGAAAUACAGAUCAGUAUGAUGGUUGUUAUGAAUGCUAAUAUUAAUGUUCGAAUAAUUGUGAAUUUUGUCAAAGAGGAAAUUGUAGUAAAUGCCUAAAUCAUUUUGAAUUAGAUUCUCUCUAUCAAUGUAGACAAGUAGAAUAAUUUCAAAUUGCAUUUAAUCAAUAAUACGAUUGUAAAGUUCUGUAAAAUGAUGCAUGCUUAUUUUUUGAACAUGGAACUCUUGAAUCUAUAACUGGAAUUUGCAUAAAAAAUUAUCAUUUAGAAAACUACUGCAUUGGUCAUUGUAGUUUAUGUAUGAAUUAAAAAUGUCAACAAUGUGAGUAUGGUUAUUAUGGAACUUAUUGUCUUGAGGGAGAUGGGACAAAUCUCCCAAAAGAAAAAUGUAAUGAUUUCAAUUAAUAAGAAUCACAAAUUUGCAAAUAAAUUUUAGAAUGCGAUUCAAAUUGCCUUUAUUGUAUUAUUAAAGACUGUUAACUUUGCAAUGAAGGAUAUUUUUUAUUUAAUAAUGAAUGUAUUACAGGGAAAAUUCCCUCAAUUGCAUUUAGAAGUAAUAUCGAACCAAUUUGUGGAGACGGAAUUGUUUAAAUCUUUGAAGAAUGUGAUGAUGGCAAUACAAAAUCAUUUGAUGGUUGUUAUCAGUGUAAAUUUUCUUGUGAUUAUAAUUGCUAUGAUUGUUUUUAAGGGAUCUGCUAAGUUUGUAAAGAUGGUUUUCUAUUGAAUAUCAAUCAUUUAUGCGAUCCAUUUUGCGGAGAUAAUUUAGUUAUGCCAUAUUCUAUUGAAUAGUGUGAUGACGGUAAUUCCGAAUCUCUUGAUGGUUGCUAUGAUUGCAAAUAUGAAUGCCCAAAUUUUUGUAUAUAUUGUAAUCAAAUACAAUGCCUGCUAUGCGAGGAAGGCUUUGAUAUUUACAAAACUUAUUGUCUUCCUAAAUGUGGAGAUGGUAUUAUUAUUUAAGAAUUUGAGGAAUGCGAUGAUUAAAAUGAGGAACCUUAUGAUGGUUGUUACGAAUGCAAAUUUUAAUGUAGAAAAAAUUGCGUAAUAUGCAAUAAAGGAGUUUGUUUAGAUGAAUGUCCUGAAGGUAUGGUAUAUGUUGGGGAUAUUUGUAUGAUAAAACCAUGCAUGAUAAACUGUCACAAUUGUGAGAAAGGGGUUUGUUUAGAAUGUAAUCCUGGAUAUUUUUAUGAUGAUUAAGUUAAUCUAUGUAUAAAAGAUACUCAAUUAGAUUCUAUGAAAAAUGAAUCACUUGUAGAAUUGGAUGAAAAUUAUUAUAUAUGUCGUUUUCUAGAAUGUGUUUAUUCACCGGCUCCAAUUAUGUAAUUAUCAUUUCUAAACCAAACCUUUUCUAGAUAAUAUAUACAAAUCUUUUUUGAUUAACCAGUUAAAUUGAAAGAUGAAGAGGAAGAAUUACAAUUCUAUUUCAAUUUUACUAAUUUACAGGAAACUGAUUACAUAAUUACUUUGCACCCUUAAAUACAAACAUCUUCAGAAUAAAUAUCAACUCCAUAGUACAUAGUUGAAAUUUAAAAUUUAGCUUAAUUAAAUCAAAAACCAAUCUUCUAAGUAUUUUGCUAAACAGAGGUCAUUAAUUCUAAUAACUAAACCCUCUAAAAUAACUUUACCUCCUUAAAGCUAAAUUACCCAAAAAUAUUGACUAAUUUAGAAGCAAAAUCUUCAUAGUUCAUGCAAAAUACCAAUAAAAUAUUCAUGUAUUCGGCUAUUUCAGUUAGUUUGGUAUCACUAUUUUCUGGAGAUUCUUCAUUCUUUUUAGAAACUCUUGAUGUAUUAUAACAACAAUCCUUCUUAAAAUUUAUAAAUGUAGAUUACCCUGAAAACCUUGAAAUUUACUUUUAAGCAUCUGACAUGCUAUGUGUUAGUACUUAUUUUAAUUAAAUAAAUUUGGAUUAUUAUUAUAAUCUCAUGACGAGAAAGUCAGAGACUUAUUAAGUGAAUGGUAAAUUCUAGCUUUACAAUGUAGAUCCUGAUUUGAUCACUAGUUUACUUCCAUAAGUUUUCUAAUGUUCAGGGUUUGUACUCCUUUUAUCAUUGAGCAGACAAAUAUUUAGGAUAUUUCAGUUGAUCAUGUCAUAUUAAUAGAUUUAUAAUUACUUUUAAUUUUAAUCCGGACUCAUCAAAACAAUAUUUCUAAAGGUGACAACUACCUUCAGAAAAUAUAUAAUAAAUUUGAUAAAAAUAAGAAGAAAUUUGACAUUUCCCCAUUUUAAAAUUUUCUUCUAAUUAAAUGCUUGGGAUCUUCUUUUUAAGGCAUUAUUACAGAUAAGUUCUACAUCAUAAAAAGGAGUUAGAGGAUAUAUUCAACUGAUUAUUAGCUUUCUUUUGAUAUUUGUUUAUGGUUCAUACAUAAUAGAAUUCUUAAGGAAUAAGAGAAAAUCAGAAAAAAUGCCUGAUUAUAACGCUAAUAUAUUUUUAUCUUUAGAUCUAUGUAGGAAAUUUAUGUUCCACUUUAUUUUGAUAUUUUUUUAAGAAUACCCAAUCUUAUAAUUGUUAUUAUUAACGACAAUCAACUUAACACAAUGCUUCAUUGUUUUUAGAUAUGAAUAAAGUUCAAAUUUAGAUAAAAUGAUUUCUAUAUUAAAUGAAGGAACGAUAGGUUUUUUUAGUUUUACCUGUAUUCUUUACAAUGAUAUAAAUAGGAUAUAUUUUUCGAAUGAAAUUAUUACAAAUACAGGGUUUAUUCAAAUGGGGGCUCUCCUUUUAAAUUUAGUAGUCGUAUUAUUUAAAUAAUUGCUCCUUAAAGUGUAAAUUAUUUGUUAAAGAUUAUUUAACAAAAAAAAAACUUAAUUUAUAAGGCAUUAGAUACUGGAAUUUUGA